AUGACCUUUCGAUAGUCAAUCCCAACUUUACUUAAGGAGAUAGAUUAAAUCUCUGUCGAACCAUAUGAGCAAGAAUCACUCUAUGGGGACAUUUUGCAAUCAAUAAAAGGCUAGAAUUUCAAAAAUACGAAUCUUGGGGAAAGCACCAUUCUAUUGAAUUAAAGUUUCCUCGAAAACCCUCAUCUCAAAUAGCUAACAGAUCUCAGAGCUUUGCUCGAUAUGGAAAUUAGUAAAACAGAUUUUUACUUGAAAUAGAGUAUUUGCGACUAGGAAUAAGCAAAAAAGCGAACAGUGUAGAUAGCUUUGCGCAACUUUCACAAGUCAUUUGUUACAGUUAUUGGACAGGAGGAGUAUAAAGACAUCAUCAAGUAUACAUUUCUUGAAAACUCAGACUAUUUGGAAAGUAUAUUCAAGCCACCUCAAAGUUUUCCUAGUUCGAGAAAGCAAACGGGUAAUUAGCCUUCAACUUAGCAAAUAGAGCAAUAAAAUUAAAGCUAGUUUGAUCAAGCUAAGAUUUACAGUUCUAAAACUGAUGGGUCAGACACAGUGAUUUACUAUGGCAGCUAAAUGUCAAAUCAAAAUUAAUAGUAGCUGCAGUAGCAUAACAAAAUAAAGGAGAAGCUUGGUUAGAAUCUGAAAGAAAUCCAAGCUAAAAUUGGCAAACUCACAGAGAACAAUCAAAAGUAGAUCUAGCAACUUAAAGAUCAAGAAAAUACUUCCAAAUAACAAUUGGCUUAAUUAAGAUUAGUCUUUAGUGAGAAGUUAAAAGAAAUAUAGUCCAAAAUGCUAGCAAGAGAGUAGUAAUAUAAUGAAAAACUUUAAAGCAUAGUCACAAAUCUUAAUAAACAGUCUGAAAUCAUUAACAAAUACAUAGAGUUGCUCUAAUCUAAUUAAAUUCAAGAAAGUCAACUCUUAGAUGGCAGUAUAAAGAUAGAGUUCGCAGACAUCGAGAGUUUGCUUAUGGAGUUUAGGAAAAAAUUCAACAAGGACAUUGAAUUCAUUUUAAACUAAAAGCUUAAUCAACUGAUGGAUGUCAAUAAUGACGAGAUCGCACAUAAUAUCAAUAUGGAUACUAACUCUGCAGAUGCAAACAAUCCUUACCUGAUAGACCAAAACUUUUCAAAUCUAAACUCUACCUUAUAGUCAUAAAUUGGAGGAGGAAAUUUUUAAUCAAUAAACAAAUCCAAUUAGGGGUUGGGAUCAGUUUAAAAUUAAUGA